GGUUCACAAAACCACCGCAGAAUAACUUCGUUUUAUUCCACUGUUUGCCUCAGGCCCAGGGAAGCGGUGGUGAGAGGCGUCCAUCGGACGGGGCCGAACCAUUCUUCUUCUACCCGGCGCCUCCCGAUCAUGUCGUCGCCGGUGGCGGAGCCGCCGCCGAAGAAGCGGAAGCUCGUCGACGCCCAGGUCCCAAGCCCCUCCUCCGCUCCGGCGCCGUCCCCGCCUCCGUCCCCAGCUCCACCUCCUCCCACGGUGCCUCCCGAAACCCUAGCCGCCGCUGCGCCCUCCUCUUCUCCUCUACCUCCGCCACAGACGGCGUCCCCGUCUCCGGAGGAGAUCCUCCAAAAGCGCCGCAACCGGGAGGAGCUGUGCAGGAUCUACGAGUGCAACCGCCGCAUCCGCACCAGCAUAGACCGCCAGGACGCGCACCUCAUGCCAGAGUUGGAGCAGGACUACCUCUUCCUCAUCUCCGCCUCCCGAGGUUCAAAAAGUGCACAACGUUAUCUGUCUUUGUUGAUCCCUCGAUUUGCCUCAUACUGUCCAACUGCACUCGAGGCAGCAGCUAAAGUUACCGUCAACAUGUGCAAAUGGAACACGGACAUUGUAACAAGAGGGGAGGAUGUGAAUGGUGUGGCAUACCAGACAGCUAGAGCUUGCAUCCUUGGCUUAACUGACAUAUGCUCUGCAGCAUCAUCUGAAGCGCCCAAGUCAUCUGUUAUCACAGGAAUCUGCUCUGCAGUUUAUAAGUCUGUUCUCACCUUCUUCAUUUCAACCUUUGAUGGGAAGGAUAUCUAUCAUAUAGGCUCUAGAAAACUUUCAAAGCUUCAGGACCCUGUGAAUUUGCUAGAAACUUUAAAGUUGGAGUCGAAGGAUGUGAACAAACUGGCACUUGAUUGUUUAUUUGAAUUGAGAGCACUUUGCUUGCUAUGCACAUUUCUUUUAUUCCCACAGAACAUGCUAGAAGCCAGUUUUGCUUUGCUUUGUCCUGCAGAAACUGAUGAUGUAAAAGGAGGGCUGUACUUUUUAAAUCAGCUGACCUAUCUUUUGAAUAACGAUGUCGCAAAAGAUGCUGUGGAUGAUAAGACUGACGAACAGUGUCCAGGGAUGGAAGGAAAUCUGUCUGACACCAAAAAUAUUGUUGAUUCAAAGCCUUCUUCCGAUGAUAAUGUUGUUUCAGGAAAUUCUAUGGUAGAGUCAAAUGAGUGUUACAUGACAAUGGCCAUCUCUAGGCAUCCAUCUUUGAGACGUUGGAUAUUAUCGAGGUAUAAAAAAUUAUGUGAUUCUUGUAAACCUGCUGUGGUUUCAGAGGUGUCAUCUUGUUUGAAAGUUUUGGGUUCUCUAUCAGAACUUGCUGAGGAUAAAAGUCACAUGGGCAACGAAUCAUCAGUGCCGGAGAAACUUGACAAAAAUAGAGAAAAUACGCAACCAGAUGAACUUGUUUCAUCUGAGCAGCUAAUGCUUUCAAAAACUGACAGCAUUGAUAUUUAUGGAGAGAAGUCUUUACAGAGCAAAAAUGUGUGCAUGGUUCAUACUGAUGAGCAGAAAUCUGAGAAGCUGGCACAUGCAAAAAUGGAUGGCUGCAAAAGAGGAACUGUGGCCUCUGAUGCAGGGCAUCAAGGUGCAAGACCUGAUGUGCUUACACCAAAAUCUAUGUAUGAUUCUGCUGGAGGAUCUACAACACUUACUUCUCCGGGACGUCAUUUUGGGAAGGCGAAGCAUUUAUAUUCUGAACCAUUUGAUCUUUAUGGUUCUGUCUCAAGGGACGUGAUUUCAGUUUCGAAGGAACUUUGGGUUGGUUCACUGGGAAAUAGAGCUGCAGAGGCAUUAGUCAGAUCUAGGUUUGAGGAGUUUGGCCCAUUAGCAAACUUUUUAUUUUGUCCAUUCAAAGAUUUUGCCUUAGUUGGGUAUAGAAACAUAUUACAUGCUGUGCAUGCAUGUGGAUAUAUGCAGGGUUCCUCUAUUUGGGGCGGUUUUCUUCAAAUAAGGUAUUUAGACAGACUUAUAGGUAGUAAGGGAUUUAUUGGUGGUAUAGCUGUUGGUGAAAGCUGUCAUAUUUAUGUUGCUAAAGUCAAUAACCAAAAAGAAAAAGAUGAGGUGUUUGAUGACUUGAAGGCAGCAGGGUUGAAGAGACCGUGUGGCUUUACCGAUCUCUCCAGCGAAAAUGCUUUGCUUCUUGAAUUCGAGACGGCAGUUGAUGCAGCUAUGGCAAAGGUCUAUAUUAGGCGCCAAGCUCAUGCAGAUGUUUGUUCCAAGGAUAAAAAUACAUCUGGUCACCAACUUUUGGUGCAAAAUAUGGACAAAUCGGUCCCUGACAUGGAGUUUAUCAAUGCUUUCUCUCAAUUCGGUGAGGUCAUUAGGUGGCAAUUCAAUAGGCUUGAUGGUUACUGCUUGAUAGAUUAUAGAUCACAUGAUGCUGCUGCCUCUGCAAAAUCACACAUGCAUGGUGCAAGAUUUGGGCUGAAGUCAAUUAGUGUUGAAUCAAGGACAUGUGGUGCAGGAUUGAUUCAUGAUAAAACAGUGUUGCCUGUUGCUCCAAUGUUAGGCCAGGGUGUUCCUGACAACAGCAGCCACCAUGAGAUCAGGAAUCCAAGGGUUUCAGGAUAUCAUGCAGGCUAUGCAGUACCAGGGGAUCGACCUAUUUAUGGUCCGUCACCUCCAAAUACUAAACAAGUAUGGGUAGAGUCAAACAGAGCUCCACAAGGAAUUCGUCCCUGCCCACCUGUCUUGACGCACCGUGGUUCUGUAAUACCACCACCACCUAUUCAAACCUCCUUUGUCCGUCCUGUAUAUCCUGGUCCAGGCAGUCCCUGGGAGAACACUACCCCAAAUCCACCCUUCAGUCAUGUUUCUCCUGGCAUGAUGCCUGGAAGUAACUUCCGCAUCAAUCCACCUACUCCUCUUCCUUUCAUACCCUCUUCUGUUACCCCUCUUUCACAUGUUCCUGGAGGUUCAGUGCAGCAUUCUGAGAAAAUGCCACCACCACCUCCUCUAGCAAAUGCAGCUCCCCAUCCAUUUACACCUCUAGAUAUGCCACCUCCACCACUGCCUGUUUCCCAGCCGCCUUCUGUGCCACCACCCCCAAGUUCUCCGCCGCUGCAACCUACUGCUGACUCUUCAGACUUGCAAAAGUCAUACUCUCAUUCCCGAUGGCAGGGUUCUCUUUCAAAAAGUGGCUUGCAUUAUUGCAAAAUCUAUGCAAGUAGAGUAGAGUUGGAUGCCUGUAGAUAUGAAAAUGCUGUUUCUGAACCGGCAGAAUGGCCGUCAAAAUUAGAUGUGACAAAGCGCACAGAUUUCCAGCAUGUGAAGACAACUUUCUCCAAUACUCCACCUAGUAAGAGAGAAGUCUGCCGGUUGUUGCCUUGUUCAAAUGGUGAUCAGAAAGGGUUCCGGGAUUUUAUAUCCUAUCUGAAACAAAGAGAAUGUGCCGGCGUGAUAAAGAUUCCUUCUGUGAAGCCCAUGUGGUCAAGGCUACUGUUCAUCCUUCCUCCCACACCUGAUGCGUGUGGUAUGCUGGCACUUCCGCCUCAUCCGGCUGAAUGUCUGAUCGCUCUAAUUUUGCCAAAAGAAACAACCGUCGAAGCGGCAUGACAGUUUUGUGUAGUACAUGCAUGUUAACUCUGUUGCUGUAACUGUAAGGUUCUUGUGAACUAUGAAGUAUGUAGCAGUUAUGUGAAAAUUGUGCAUAAUUGUUGGCUACAAUAUAGUGUUGCAACUAGUACAGAAUGAUUCAUCUCAGUUUUCAACUUAUAGUGUAAAUCUGCUGGCGAAAUAUAGGCCUACGGAGGAAGCCUGUGCACCAGGCUCUGCAAGUCUGCCUGGCUGGGUGAAGCGUCUAGGGCGGUGGCAGGAGAGUCCUGGCUGGGUGAAGCAUCUAAGCCUUGUGAUUUGAUAAUUAAUGGUAAUAUGUUUUUUAUGAAUUAA